AUGGGAGGUGUACACAACAUCAAUAAAAUCAAGGGACACUCAAAAGAUCGUAAGGCUCGUAUUGCAAAGAGCGCUGCAAAGGCCAAGAGACCCACAAAGCCCUCUGUUACCACCAAGAGAGUCAUUACAAAGAAGAAGCAAAAGCAAUUGGAAAAGGCCUUGAGAAAUGAAAAGAAGCUUUUGGCAUCAAAGGGUUUGAUCGAAUAUGAAGAGGAAAUGAAGGAUGUCGUUCUUCCUUCACCUGGUAGACAAAGAGUGAUAACUGCAUGCAUUCCUUCUGAUGAAGUUUUGGCUGCUGCUGCUGCUGGUCCUGGUACCACUCUCGGUGGUUCUCAGUAA